AUUUGUGUCGUGCAACUAACAAAGCACCAAGCAAAAACACAGAUGGCAUUGGCCGUCCCCCAAAUUUAUGCGCAACGCAAACCGCGCCAACGUUACUAGACUUGCAAGACGACACAAAAUACUUGCAAAGAAAAAUAAGAAAGAUACCCCAUUUGUGCCAUUUUCCUCACACUCUUUGGCGGUUGACAUUUUCCCUUGUACCAACUGACCGAAACCAAUUCCAAUUUGAUUUCCAUUUUCUGGCUUUUGAAUUUUCGUUUCGGUCUCUGCAAAAACCGUCGGGAAUGGCAGCGGCGACUUUGUCUUCCACGGUGUUUGCAAUCUCAACCUCCUGCUCUUCAUCGUCUCUCAAAGCAAGGAACUUCAAGAACUCAGCUAGCUCCUCGUUUUGUUCUCAGAAUCGUCUUCCUUACAAUCCCAUUUCUGCUCGUCCAUCAAUUUCCAGAGUUCGUGCAACUAUUCUGCAAGAAGAUGAAGAGAAAGUGAUAGUGGAGGAAUCCUUUGAAUUCAAGGCUUCUUCUUCCUCAGAUGAAGUGAAAUCAAGCAGUGGGGGCCCAUCAGAGAGUUCGUCUUCAAGUACUUUUGAGAGCUGGGUUAUUAAAUGUGAACAAACCAUCAACAUCUUCCUCACGGAUACAGUCAUAAAGAUACUUGAUACUCUGUACCGUGACCGAGAUUAUGCAAGGUUUUUUGUACUGGAAACCAUUGCAAGGGUUCCUUACUUUGCCUUUAUGUCUGUUUUGCACAUGUAUGAGAGUUUUGGUUGGUGGAGAAGAGCAGAUUAUCUGAAAGUGCAUUUUGCUGAGAGCUGGAAUGAGAUGCACCACUUACUUAUCAUGGAAGAAUUGGGGGGAAAUGCUUGGUGGUUUGACCGCUUUCUUGCUCAGCAUAUUGCGAUCUUCUAUUAUUUUAUGACCGCCUUUAUGUAUACAAUAAGCCCAAGAAUGGCAUAUCACUUCUCUGAAUGUGUAGAGGGCCAUGCAUUUUCAACUUACGACAAGUUUAUCAAGGCCAGAGGAGAGGAUUUGAAAAAGUUGCCUGCUCCUGAGGUUGCUGUAAAAUACUACACUAGCGGUGACUUGUACUUAUUUGAUGAAUUUCAAACUUCCAGACCUCCCAAUUCUCGAAGGCCAAAAAUAGAGAAUUUGUACGACGUGUUUCUGAACAUAAGAGAUGAUGAAGCUGAACAUUGUAAGACGAUGAAGGCCUGCCAGACUCACGGGAACCUGUGGUCUCCUCAUUCCCGUGCAGAAGAAGAAGAUGACGCCCCGUGCGUCGUUCCUCAAACAGACUGUGAAGGUAUUGUAGAUUGUAUAACAAAAUCCGUGACAACAAAGCCAGAAAAUUGAUCAUAUAAGACACAAGAGGGGACGAGGAAAUUAGGUAGAAGUAGUGAAUGGUAUAAGAAAUUUGUUUGUAUACACAAGAAUGAUAUAGAUCCAAAAGAAGCAUUUGGUUAUCCAAUGAAGCUUGCCUUUCUAGUUUCCAUUGGGGGAGAAGGCUUCAAGGCGUGGUUGUUUCACAUUUUUCCAUUUUUUGAACAUGUUUUGUGGGACUAUUAGCUUAGCUAGCAUUAAUAUGUGGUGGCACCCCCCCUACCCUAGCAUAUCUUCUUUUUGGUCUACUCGUCGAGUCGUCGUGACUGAGUGACAUUGACAAUGCCUGCCCAUACUGCUACCUUCUUGCGUUGUUCUAGUGUCGCAAACCGCCUGUAUUUAAAAACCCUAGAAAAUAUCAACAACACUUAUCAGUGA